AUGUCUUCCCUUGGGUUUGAUGUUUGGAUGUCAAUAAAGAAUGGAUAUAUAGUUCCAUCCACUCCUACUAAUCCCGAUGCUAAACGGGAAUAUGAGAAUAGUGCAAAAGCUAAGAACACAAUUUUAAGUGGUCUAUCUGAUACAGAGUUUAUCAAAGUCAUGCACUGCACUUCAGCAAAAGCAACAUUGGAUAAGCUACAAAGUAUAUAUGAAAGAGAUCCCAAAGUGAAAGAAGCAAAACCACAAAAUCUAAGAGCUCAAUUCGAAAGUCUAAAAGUGAAAGAAGACGAGAAGAUAGCUGACUGUCUGCAAAGAGUGGAUGAGAUAGUAAGUGCUAAAAGAGUACUCAGAGAGAAUGUCUCAGAUGAAGUGAUUGUCAAAAAGGUUCUGAGAUCAUUAACCACAAGGUAUGACACUAAAGUUUUUGAUAUUGAAGAAGUUAAGGACUUAAAGACGUUGUCCAAGGAUGAACUAUUUGGAUCUCUAUCAACCUAUGAGAUGAGAACAAUAAAUGGAGAAACAUCAAAGAGAGAGGUUGCUUUCAACUCAAUUAAGAAAGGAAAAGGAGAAGCUUCUCAUGAAGAAGAUGAUGAAGAUUAUAAUACUGUUGUAGCUAAUUUUUUGAGAAAACUCAAAAAAGGUUCAUGCAAGCUUCCCUUCAAGUGUUUCAACUGUGGUAAAAUAGGACAUUUUUCUUCUAAGUUUCCCUAUGGUGAUAAAGAUGGAGAUGAGAAGCAAAACAAAAAAUCCUUUGGUAAGGAUAAAAUUAAGAAACCCUGCAAGCCAAGGAGAAGGAGCUUUAGGAAGAAAAACAAUAGUCUUUAUACUUUUGAAGAUGAUGCCAUGGAUGAAGAGAGUGUCAUUGAUGGGGAUUGUAGUGAAGAUGAAAGAGAGGUUAAUAUCUUUAUGGAACAAGGAGAACUAGAUGAUGAGCAAACUACUAGUGAUAAAGAGGAAGAAGCUAAAGCCAAAGUAGACCUAGAGGGUGAACUUGUAAGUGCUCUGGAAGAACUUAGAAAGGUGAGAAAAGAGUACACAAAAUAUAGGUUUGUUGUUGCUGAAGAACAAGAGUUGCUAAACAAAUCUCUUCAGGAGUCAAAGACAACAAUUUCCGACUUCAGAAUCCAGUUGGAAUAA